CGUAUGUCUAAACACUAAAUCAAGUUUUAUAAAAAUAAGACAUUUUUACUGCACGUUCUAUGUUCUUCUCUGACUCAGUAUAUUUUUGUUGCAGUUCAAUUGUAUGGUAACAGACAUCCGACCUAUGGAAGACGACACCUGGCAAGUGACCUUCGUCCACAAACCUACAAAAGAAGAAGUCUCAGAGAUCUACGACGCUGUAAUGGUCUGCAAUGGACAUUACAACGAACCUGCAUUCGUAGACUUUGAAGGUCAAGACAACUUCAGAGGUACGAUAGAACACAGUCCAUACCUUCAGAUCACCAGAUCAGUAUGAAGGGAAGAGGGUUCUCAUAGUUGGAGCAGGACCUUCUGGACUUGACCUUACCCUCCAAAUAUCAAAGGUUGCCAAUUAUGUUGCUCUGAGCCACCACUCGAGUGAAAUAGCCAACACCCAAUACCCUGACAACGUGAUGAAGAAGCCUGACGUGAAACGCAUUGUAGAUGGUGAAACCGUUGAGUUCGUAGACGGUACUUGUUGUGGCUUCGACAUAAUAUUACUUUGUACGGGUUACAAGUACAGCUUUCCAUUCCUCCACGAGUCCUGCGGCAUCACCAACGAAGAAAACUACAUUUCACCGCUGUACAAACACUUAAUCCAUCUGGAGAGACCCACGAUGUGCUUCAUCGGAAUACCUUUCGAGGUUUGCGCUUUCCAGAUGUUUGACUUACAGGCGAGGUAUUUCUGCAGGUACCUGGAUGGUUCAAUGAAACUGCCAAGCACAGAAGAGAUGCGUAAGCAUACGGAAGACGAAAUAAAAUGGAGAGUCGAAAAGGGGUACUCGAAAAGGAGGUUCCAUAAAAUGGGUCCCUACCAAGAGGCAUACUACAAUGACCUGUCUACACAGGCAACCAUCACCCCCAUUGCCCCAGUGAUAGUUAAGCUAAGAGAGAAGAGUGGUAAAAGGCUGGCUAGCGAUUUUCUCAACUUCAGGAAUGAUCGCUAUACAAUUAUCGAUGACGAACAUUUCGUUAUGGAGAAAAUGUAUUAAUAUAUAGAUAUAUGCUGUUUACUAAUGUACAGAAUGUUAAAGUAAGAUCCCGGGCUGCCACACAUUAUCUAUUUGCGAUAAGACGGAACUUGGUCAGUAGCGUUUAUAUAUACUUUCAAGGCCUGCGCAUCUGCUAAACUUGAUAGUGGUACGACUUAAAGGUAUCAAGAUAAAGACGAAUAAGACUAACCUAAUUCUCAUUGCUGAGUUUCACAUACCAUAUACUUUGUAAAACAUUAUACAAAGUAUAUUACUACUACCUUAAGCACCCAAAAAAAAAUAAUAUAAUCAUACUUUUUUGCGCUUGAUUUUUAUAUCUUAUUUAGGGGACUAUUUUAAAACUGCAUUUACUCAGGCAGACAAAUUGUGUGCGCCCAAUGUGCCUAACAUCCCGGCAGAUACAAAAACCAUUCAUCAGUAUGUUUGCAUUUUGGAGUUAGUGAGGUCUCUCUAUGAAUAGGUUUGCUCCGCUUAAGGUUAGUAUCAGGUCCUAUAAUCUUCAUCCGCAUGACCUGCACUAUCAAAGUUAGCAGAUAUAUCGAAGUACAUAUACAAUAAAUGCUACUGAAUGGCCCAAGCUUUGUCUUUGAGUAUAUAAGUAAUUUCUGGCAGAUCUUGGAUCUUAUACGUUAUAUGUUUCAAGUUUUAUUUAUGAUUUUAUAUGCUUUAUACUAUGUAUACAUUUUUGUAACGUAUUAAUAAAUGCUUUUGCAUAAU